UGAUGUUUGUGACAUUCAUGUUGGUGCUGGUGACAGGGAGGACGAUCACUGCGAUGCAGAUCUUCACGGCGAUGGCGCUGUUUGAGACUCUCCGCAUCAGUCUGAGUAUCCUGCUACCUGCUGGGAUACUCUUCCUGAACGACACUCUCAAGACUCUCAAGAAGAUACAGCAUUUCCUCAUGAUGGAGGAGAAAGGGACGUUGUCCAUGAGUCGUGGCAGCUUCCAGAUGCUCAACAACGACAUCGUCAUCCGCUUCAGCAACUACUUCGGCAGCAGGGAGAAGAGCCUGGAUGCAGCCAUGGUGUUAAUGAACAUUGAACUGGACAUAGAAAAGAGCAAGCUGUAUGCUAUGAUAGGCCCACCAGAUGGAGGCAAGAGUUGUCUGCUCCUGGCUGUUAUUGGUGAACUUGAGAGACACAAAGGUCAACUGUUCCAUCAUGGCCGCUUGGCGUACAUUCCUCGUCAGCCAUGGCUGUUCCCAGGGACCAUCAGGGAGAAUGUUGUGUUUGGCUCUGAGUUUGUGAGACAUCGCUACAACCAGGUGCUUCAGUCUUGUGCCCUGUCCCAGAUGCUGGAUGCCUUCCCUCAAGGGGAUCUGACGGUCGUGGGAGACAGGGGCGUCGCCAUUGACAACAGUGUGCAGGCCAAGAUUACACUGGCCAGGGCUGUGUACCAGAAUGCUGAUAUUUACCUGAUAGAUGACAUCCUGUCAGGAAUGGAUGGCAAGUCCUCCAUGCACAUCUUCAAGAAAUGUAUCUGUGGGCUCCUGCAGAAUAAGACCCGACUGUUAGUGACGGACAAUGCUCAGCACACACAGGUGGCUAACAAUGUCAUCAUGGUGUCUCAGGGCACUGUCCACUUCUCGGGCCGUUAUGAUGACAUUCACCGCUGGGGCAUCAGUGUCAGCCACUUCCUGACCAGCUGGACACACACCAACAUGGACGUGGACAAGGUGGCAGAUAUCUCGUCCCCCCUCAUACAGGACCUGUCCUCCUCCCUGUUGCCCCCGUCCUCCCCAGACAGUGUCAAGGACAGCGUCACUGGCUCCUUCGAGAUGCUGCAACAUGACUACAAGGACCCAGGUGACACUCUGAUCACCGGCGACAGUGACACCAGUUUCCGCAGCAUCUACUCUGCCGGGAAUGCCUACAAGUGGUACUUCCUGCUGGGAGGGGGGAUAUUCGGGGUCAUCGGCUUCUUCGUCCUGUGCAUCUUUGAACAGGGGGGAUUUGUCCUGUGUGAGUGGUGGCUGGCCUACUGGUCUGAGAAUUUCCAGAGCACCAACGAGAGCAGUGUGAUCAAUGUGACGGUGUUCGGACCAGCUAUCUGGAUACUGGAUGACAAGGUGUACAUCUACCUGGGCCUCGUCUUCUUCACAGUCCUCCUCAGCUUUGUACAGGCGGGAUUCUUCUUCUGGUUGGCCAACAGAGCAGCUGAGGUGCUUCACAACCUGGCUCUCACCUCCAUCCUCGAGGCACCCAUGGCAUUCUUUGACAUCAACAGUCCAGGUGGUGUUCUGAGUCGUUUCCUGAGGGAUGUUGGAAUCGUGGACACGAUGCCACCAAUACUGUUGGACUGUAUCCAGUCGUUCAGUUUGCUGAUAGCUACUGUGAUUGUGGUUGGGGGCACCAACUACUGGCUGCUCCUGUUGGUCACUCCACUGACCAUCGCCUUCAUUGUGGCCAGACACUACUUCCACCAGUCCACACAGGACGUGGAAAAGAUCGAAUUGGCAUCUAAGAGUGCAGUUGGAGGUCACAUAAUCAGCAGCAUGGAAGGUAUCCAGACAUUGCGGGCUUUUGGUGUGGAACAGCGAUUCCUGCACAACUUUGAUGUGAGCCAGGACCGUAGUACGGCAGCAUGUUACCUUCACCUUGCCGCAAACCGGUGGUUUGGGAUGAGAGUCGACAUCAUCGCCUUCCUCGUUGUGGUUGGUGUGACCUUUGGUGCCAUAUUGGUUGUUCAGUAUCAAGGUGUUUGGAUGCCGAGUAGCCUGGUAGGGCUGUCUCUCUUCUAUGCCCUCAACCUGCUCAAUGUACAGCACCCUGCCAUGAGGAAGUCGGCAGCUGUCCACUUCAAGAUGAAGUCGGCUGAGCGUUUACUUCAGUAUUACCAGAUGUCUCCUGAGUUAGACGUUGCAGUAGACACCGAGGUGAAGCCGUCCCUGAUGUGGCCACAAUACGGGAUCAUCACCCUCGAGGGUGUGUCUGUGUCCCACCCAGGGAAAGGUCCGUCCCCUCUCAAGGGUGUCUGGUGCUGUAUCAGGGCAGAAGAAAAGAUGGGCAUAAUGUUUAAAACGGCAGCUGAGCAGAAAGCAUUCAUGUCUGUUCUAUUCCGUCUCCAUGACUACAUAGGCAUAGUCCGUAUUGACGGCAUAGACAUCGUCAACGUCAGCCUGCAGCGUCUCCGGGACAAGAUAGCUGUUAUACAACAGAACCCUACUCUGUUCACUGGCACGCUGCGCCAGAACCUGGACCCGAUCUCGAGGUACACAGAUGCCCAGGUGUGGAGGGUGCUUCGAGGAGGUAAAUCUGUCGUCCUUCGUAGAGACGCUGCCUCAGCGAUUGUACGCUGACAUCACCACAGUCAUUGACAGCUUUUCCACAGGACAUCGACAACUACUGCGACUGGCUCGUGCCAUGUUACGCCAGUCCAAGAUAGUUGUGUAUGAGGAACCUACAACAAGCCUUGAUUACAGGUGCAAUACAAUUAUUCAAAAGCUGCUGAGAACUAAAUUUGAGCAUUGUACGUUGAUACACAUAGCUCACCUGCCUGACACAGUAAUAGAUACAGAUAGGGUUAUGGUGAUUUCUGAAGGUAAAAUACAGGAAGUGGAAUCUCCUCAUAUUCUUCUACAAAAUAGAAACAGCAGGUUCUUCAGAUUUACAGAUGAACUUGGCAUGUUUGAGAUGCAUCGGCUCAAGAAACUAGCUCAAGAUAAGUAUGAAAAUAAACCAUACAUUGCUCCCAAUAUAAACCCAGAAGACUUCGAGGAGGGUGCCUCAUCUCGGAACCAGCUCAGACACCCCAACAAUCUGAAUGUGUUACCAACCUUCCACUCAUCCCGAUUGGUUGGAGUUCUCAACCAGCUGCCAACAAACAAGUUCUCCACCAAUCGCUUGUAGCAUUUACUGUCAUGAAUAUUCAUGAAGGAUAUCCUUGAACCACGUGAUAUUGGAUAAUUACAGAACAAUUUCUUUGACGUACAGGAAAGACUUCUUUUACAUCACCUGCAACAGCAUUUCAUUUAUCAUCAGUUCACAGAACAUGGUGUGAUCUGAGAUGUCAGUGAUGUCGUCCUGCUUA